CUCAGUUGGUGCUACUCCUCAGAGCCGAAGAGCAGCCGCCAGAGCGCGGAGCCCAAGCCAGGAGCGCGGAGCCGCGGCGCUCAGUCUCCACUGAGGACGCCGCCGCCUCCGGGGCUGUUCGCCAGCCUGUAGCCCCCAGCCCCAGUCCCUGCUUGGCCGCCGCGGGAAGGGGAUGCGCCCGCCAGUAAAGCAUGACCAGGACCGCCACGUUUGUCUUCCUUCUGCAGCUGUUGCACCCAGCAGAGGGACAGGGCUUUGCAGGUGGUUGCUCAUUUGAUGAACACUACAGCAGCUGUGGUUACAGUGUUGCUCUGGGGACCAAUGGAUUUACCUGGGAGCAAAUUAAUACGUGGGAAAAGCCAAUGUUGGAUCCUGCUGUGCCCACAGGUUCCUUCAUGAUGGUGAACAGCUCUGGGCGGGCAUCUGGACAAAAAGCUCACUUGCUUUUACCGACCUUGAAGGAGAAUGAUACGCACUGUGUCGAUUUCCAUUACUACUUAUCUAGCAGAGACCGGUCCAGCCCUGGAUCAUUGAAUGUUUAUGUGAAAGUUAAUGGAGGACCACAGGGUAACCCCAUCUGGAACGUGUCAGGGAUUGUGACAGAAGGCUGGGUGAAGGCGGAGCUGGCAAUCAGCACCUUUUGGCCACAUUUCUAUCAGGUUAUAUUUGAGUCGGUAUCUUUGAAAGGGCAUCCUGGCUACAUAGCAGUGGACGAAGUUCGAGUCCUUGCUCAUCCAUGUCGAAAAGCACCUCAUUUCCUGCGACUCCAAAAUGUUGAAGUGAAUGUGGGACAGAAUGCAACAUUCCAGUGUAUAGCUGGGGGAAAGUGGUCCCAACAUGACAAACUCUGGCUCCAGCAAUGGAAUGGGAGAGAUACUGCCCUUAUGGUCACCCGAGUGGUCAACCACCGAAGGUUUUCAGCUACAGUUAGUGUGGCCGACACAUCUCAGAGGAGCAUCAGCAAGUACCGAUGUGUCAUUCGCUCUGACGGUGGCUCUGGAGUAUCUAAUUAUGCAGAAUUAAUAGUAAAAGAACCUCCCACGCCCAUUGCUCCUCCUGAGUUGCUAGCAGUUGGGGCCACGUAUCUGUGGAUUAAACCGAAUGCCAAUUCCAUAAUUGGAGAUGGUCCCAUCAUUCUGAAGGAGGUGGAGUACCGUACAACCACAGGAAACUGGGCUGAGACCCACAUCGUUGAUUCCCCCAACUACAAGCUAUGGCACCUGGACCCUGACGUGGAGUAUGAAAUCCGAGUACUGCUCACCCGGCCAGGCGAGGGAGGGACGGGCCCUCCGGGCCCCCCGCUGACCACCAGGACCAAGUGUGCAGAUCCUGUGCACGGUCCCCAGAAUGUGGAGAUUGUAGACAUCCGCUCCAGACAACUGACCCUCCAGUGGGAACCUUUUGGGUAUGCAGUGACCCGUUGCCACAGCUACAACCUCACCGUCCAGUACCAGUAUGUAUUCAAUCAACAGCAGUAUGAAGCUGAGGAAGUCAUACAGACAUCAUCCCACUAUACCCUGAGGGGUCUGCGCCCAUUCAUGACCAUCCAGCUGAGGCUUGUGCUCUCCAACCCAGAGGGCAAGAUGGAAAGUGAAGAGCUUGUGGUGCAGACGGAGGAGGAUGUUCCUGGAGCUGUUCCACUUGAAUCCAUCCAAGGAGGGCCCUUUGAGGAGAAGAUCUAUGUCCAGUGGAAACCUCCCAAUGAGACCAAUGGCCUGAUCACACUCUAUGAGAUAAACUACAAGGCUGUGGGCUCCCUUGAUCCCAAUGCUGACCUUUCCAGUCAGAGGGGGAAAGUCUUCAAGCUUCGGAAUGAAACCCAUCACCUGUUUGUAGGCCUGUAUCCUGGCACAACCUAUUCAUUCACCAUCAAGGCCAGCACAUCAAAGGGCUUUGGGCCUCCCAUCACUACACGCAUUGCAACCAAAAUUUCAGCUCCUUCAAUGCCUGAGUAUGACACAGAUUCACCUCUGAAUGAGACAGACACAACCAUUACAGUCAUGCUGAAGCCUGCUCGAUCCCGGGGUGCACCUGUCAGUGUCUAUCAGUUGGUGGUCAAGGAGGAGAGACUUCAGAAGGCCAGGAGGGCUGCAGACAUCAUUGAGUGCUUCUCAGUGCCUGUGAGCUACAAGAAUGCUUCUAGCCUGGAUUCUCUACACUACUUUGCAGCCGAAUUGAAGCCUGUCAACCUGCCAGUUACACAGCCAUUCACAGUAGGGGACAAUAAAACCUACAAUGGCUAUUGGAAUGCUCCUCUUUCACCCUUGAAGAGUUACAGCAUCUACUUCCAGGCUUUGAGCAAAGCCAAUGGAGAAACCAAAAUCAACUGUGUUCGACUGGCAACAAAAGCAGUUAUGGGUAGGCAACAGGUGACCACGGGGACUCCAUUCUACCUCCUGAGCACAGGAGCAUCCACACAGAAUUCCAAUGCUGUGGAACCUGAGAAACAGGUGGAUAAUACAGUGAAAAUGGCCGGAGUGAUCGCCGGGCUCCUGAUGUUUGUCAUUAUCCUCCUGGGUGCCAUGCUCACGAUCAAGAGAAGAAGAAAUGCAUAUUCCUACUCCUAUUACUUGAAACUAGCCAAGAAACAGAAGGAGACUCAGAGCAGCACCCAGAGGGAGAUGGGGCCUGUGGCAACAACCGACAAGACCACCACCAAGCUGAGCACCGCUAGAAAUGAAGAAGGCUUUUCCUCCAGCACUCAGGAUGUGAAUGGAUUCAGCAGCAGCCGCGGGGAGUUGGCUCAGCCCACACUGACCAUUCAGACCCAUCCGUACAGGAGCUGUGAGCCAGUGGAAAUGUCCUACCCCCGGGACCAGUUCCAACCUGCAAUCCGCGUAGCGGACCUACUGCAGCACAUCACGCAGAUGAAGCGCGGUCAAGGCUAUGGCUUCAAGGAGGAAUACGAGGCAUUACCUGAGGGACAGACGGCAUCUUGGGACACAGCCAAGGAAGAUGAAAACCGCAAUAAGAAUCGAUAUGGGAACAUCAUCUCCUGUAGGUGCAAAGAUGAUCACUCAAGAGUCAGACUGCUGAUGCUGGAUGGAGACCCACAUUCUGACUACAUUAAUGCCAACUACAUUGAUGGAUAUCAUCGACCCCGUCAUUACAUUGCCACUCAAGGUCCAAUGCAGGAAACUGUCAAGGACUUUUGGAGGAUGAUUUGGCAGGAGAAUUCAGCCAGUGUUGUGAUGGUGACAAAUCUCGUGGAAGUGGGGAGGGUGAAAUGUGUUAGGUAUUGGCCAGAUGACACAGAAGUUUAUGGAGAUAUUAAAGUCACAUUAAUCGAAACAGAGCCGCUGGCUGAGUAUGUCAUACGCACAUUUACUGUUCAGAAGAAAGGCUAUCAUGAGAUCCGUGAAAUCCGGCUGUUCCAUUUCACCAGCUGGCCUGACCAUGGGGUUCCGUGCUAUGCCACAGGUCUACUGGGCUUUGUCCGGCAGGUGAAAUUCCUCAACCCUCCUGAGGCAGGCCCCAUAGUGGUCCACUGCAGUGCUGGAGCAGGGAGGACAGGUUGUUUCAUUGCUAUUGAUAUCAUGCUCGACAUGGCAGAAAAUGAAGGUGUGGUGGACAUAUUCAACUGUGUAAGAGAGCUUCGAUCCCAAAGGGUCAAUCUUGUGCAAACAGAGGAGCAGUAUGUGUUUGUCCAUGAUGCCAUCUUGGAGGCCUGCCUUUGUGGCAACACAGCUAUUCCUGUGUGUGAGUUCCGGUCCAUAUACUAUAACAUUAGCAGACUGGAUCCACAGACCAAUUCCAGCCAAAUAAAAGAUGAAUUUCAGACCCUCAAUAUUGUGACACCCCGUGUCCGGCCUGAGGACUGCAGCAUUGGGCUCCUGCCAAGAAAUCAUGACAAGAAUCGCAGCAUGGAAGUCCUCCCUCUUGACCGCUGUCUUCCCUUUCUUAUCUCUGUGGAUGGAGAAUCAAGCAAUUACAUCAAUGCAGCAUUAAUGGAUAGCCACAAGCAACCAGCGGCCUUUAUCGUCACUCAGCACCCUCUUCCCAACACUGGAGCUGACUUCUGGAGGCUGGUGUUCGAUUACAAUUGCUCCUCGGUGGUGAUGCUGAAUGAGAUGGAUACUGCCCAGCUCUGCAUGCAGUAUUGGCCAGAGAAAACGUCUUGUUGUUACGGGCCAAUCCAGGUGGAGUUUGUAUCAGCUGACAUUGAUGAGGACAUCAUCAAUAGGAUAUUCCGAAUCUGCAACAUGGCAAGACCACAAGAUGGGUAUCGUAUCGUCCAGCAUUUACAGUACAUUGGCUGGCCUGCCUACCGGGACACACCUCCUUCCAAACGCUCCCUUCUGAAGGUCGUCCGGCGACUAGAGAAGUGGCAGGAACAAUAUGAUGGGAGGGAUGGACGGACUGUUGUCCACUGCUUAAAUGGUGGUGGACGAAGUGGAACCUUCUGUGCUAUCUGCAGUGUUUGUGAAAUGAUCCAACAACAAAAUAUCAUUGAUGUGUUCCACAUAGUGAAAACAUUGCGGAACAACAAAUCCAAUAUGGUGGAAACGCUGGAUCAAUAUAAAUUUGUAUACGAAGUCGCACUGGAAUACUUAAGUUCAUUUUAGCCUAAUGGAACAGGGAACCCUCUGGUAUCUCAAAAGCUCCCUUUUCUCUGAAAGGCAGUAACCAGUGUAUAAGGAGUGAGAGACUGGACAGAUCCUGAUACCACAGAGAAGACUUGGGGACCCCUGCUUUCCCCUGUAGCACUUACUGCUUCAUCAAUGGUGUCUUGUUCACCCCAAGAAGCUUAGAGGCCAGAUGGGAGAGUUUCCUUUCUAAUGGCCCUAUGUCUGCAGCACCAUGUUGGAUCUCCCUCACCUGCACCUGGAGCAAUUGGAAUUUCUGAUCCCAAAGCUCUUGCUUCUUUUGUUCUUUUCAAGUUUGUGAAUCUCAUGUUACUGUCUUUUGGAAAAGCCAAACUCAAUGGAGGCAGAGACAUGGAAGGAAGGAGGCAUGUGGGUCCUCUGCAUCAUCCCUAUCAUAUGGGGGUAGAUUAUAAAGAGCACAGAUCCCUUAUCUUGUGUAAGGGAGUCAAGUCCCUUAAGGUCAUUGGUCUGUUGUCUUCUCCUUCUGGAUCCCCGGCACCCCCAAGCCCAAUGACCUGCCCUGACCCGACUGGACCAAGCCUCCACAUGCCAUUGCUGCCGCAGUGCUGGACUUUGGUGCAUCCUCAGCGCGUCGCACACACACAACCUGCAUGUGGUCCUGUUCCAUGGCCAUCCCCCUCAGCUUUGACCUCAGCUUUCUGUCCUGUUAACAGAACCAGGGCCAAACGCAGAAUCCUGUUCAUAUUAUUUUCUGGGCUUUUGUGGUCAGUUGGGGGGAUGCUCAAAAGCUUGUCAGUCCUUCUGUGUGUGUCCUAGAUUGUGCCUGCCUCUUGUGUUGCCAGUCAGGCAUCUUGACCCCUGAAACUUCAGGGGACUCCUAAGUGGUGGUCUACUGAGUUUCUAUGAUGAUGUCACCCCUGUGAAGGGGACAGAGUAUUUUUCAACAGUGUACCUGAAAAGAAAAUGAUUUUUUCAAUGUAAAAAAAAAAGUUCAUUUUAGCCUAGUGGAAUGUAAUAGUUUCUCAUCUCAUAAAAAUGGAAAUGUUUGAAGGAUAUGUCUAGAACUUGUGUUAGCUGAUAAUGCGGGGUUUGGAAGGUUGGGUAAUGCAUCCAAACAAGAUUAGAUACAAACUGGGACUGUGAGUUAGUUUUGGUGAGUCCUUUGGCCUGUACUGUGGCUGUGCUUUGUUUCUUUUUCUAUCAAAUUCUUUUUUAAAUAGCACUACAAAGUAGAGGGAGGAACAGAGGAGACAGGACCCAUGGCCUGCUACCAUCUUGGUAAAGACAAUAUAUGGAUGUCAUUGCUCCAUUUGCUUUCUGACCUGUUAGGGAGUGGAAAGGAUCAGCUCUGAGCCCCAAGUACAGGGUAGGCCCUUUGAAGAUCUUUUUUCUCAGUUUUUAAUUUCUAAAUCUCCAGAUGUCUGGUAAAGAUUUCAAGGUACAUUAUUCCCAUAAACAAACAUAAUACAAAUAAUUCCAUAUGCCUCUGAAUUUGGUAUCUUGUAAAUGAAAAGUCAUUUUUAUAAUGCCAUUUCCGUAGCUGAGUCUCAGUUUUCUAGUUUGGUGACCCACUAGAUCCUAGGCAAAUAGCAGCUGUGGUGUGCUGUUUGUGUAAUAAUCCCUAUACUUUCCUGAUCCUCCAGCUGGGGGGAGAGAAACACUUUCUAGUCAUGGCCCAAGCAGCUCCCUUGGCAUCUGUCUGAUAAAGCACAAAGGUAAGGAGGAACAGAGACACGGAGAGAACUGUGUUCCUCGGGGAACCAGACUGACCAUGGCUCCCCUCUGGCUUAUGUUCUUUCCCUAUUGCUUCUACCUUCCCACUCUCCUAUCUUCCUGAAACCUAAACUUCCUUUCCUAAGAUUCUAAGACUUUUAUUCUGAAAGAAGAGAUAAGUCUUAUAAUUAAUCAAUAAAAAGCAUUUAUUAAGCA